UGCUCUUGCCUUCCACCACACUGUCAUUGUACGGUGCUCGACAUUACUGCCACCAUGGCUGGGAAAUGUGCAAUGCGGGAUACCUGUGGGAGGAAGGGAAUGUUUGGAAGGGACCUACCAUGUCCAUAUAACGGGCCUCCAGUCCAACCAGAUAACCGUGACCUCCUCACCUCUGUUUGCGGCGCUGACUUCGCUACAGGGCCCACAUGCUGUACCUCCGCCCAGCUCACGACUCUCCGGGACAAUUUCGCCCAGGUCACCGGCCUCAUUUCCUCCUGCCCUGCUUGCUUGAACAACUUCAAGUCUUUCUUUUGCACCUUCACUUGUUCUCCAAACCAAGCAUCCUUUCUGAAUGUUACAUCUACUCAGUCGACCACGUCCGGCACGGCAGUCGCUUCCAUAGACUUCUUUGUUGGGGAUACCUUCUCUCAAGGUUUCUUCGACUCGUGUAAGAAUGUCCAGAUGGGGGCUACCAAUGGUUUUGCCAUGGAUCUCAUUGGAGGCGGGGCGAAGGAUUCCAAGGCGUUCCUCAAGUACCUUGGGGACGAGAAGCCGAUUGGCAGUCCAUUUCAGAUCGACUUCCCCCCAUCUUCUGUCGAGACCCCCGAAGGAAUGGAGAGACUCGACCCUCCACCACGGAAUUGCGCAUCCACUGACCUUGGUAGUAGGUGUUCCUGCAUUGACUGCCCCGACAUAUGUCCAUCUCUCCCCGACAUCCCAGCUGCCGCCACGUGCAAUGUAGGCGCUAUUACGUGCCUAUCAUUCAUUCUCAUUCUCGUGUGGUCUCUGUGUGUGGCAGGGUUUUCGGGAGGUACCGUUAUAGGAAGAACCAUCAGGAAACGGAGAGAGAGAGGUUACGAGAGAGUUGCGCUAAGUGCAGAGACAGCUUCGCUUUCACCACGGUCAUAUUCACGAGGGUUGAUUGGUGCCGGUUCUCUGGCGCAGUAUUUGGAUGAGAAUGAAACCGGAAACGGGCUGCGUAUAACAACGGAAGAAGAUUUGGGACGAGGCGCGUCGUUAUUGGAUCCCGUGGAAACCGCACAACCACGCCAGUACAAACUGAACAACGUCCUGAGGCGGGGGUUCUACCGGCUCGGACUUUGGGCAGCUUCCAGCCCAUGGCUGACUUUCUUCAUCUUCUUCACUCUUGUCGGACUGCUCAACAUUGGAUGGAAGAGCUUUGAGAUCGAAACAGACCCAGUACGCUUAUGGGUUGCCCCUACUUCAGAGAGCAAGAUACAAAAGGAAUAUUUCGAUGAACAUUUCGGCCCCUUCUAUCGAACGGAACAGAUUUUCAUCACUACUAGUGGUGAAGAGAAGGGACCUGUUCUAUCCUGGGACCACCUGAAGUAUUGGUUUGACGUCGAGACUGAUAUUCGCCGGCUGAAAUCCCAGGGUGGAUAUACACUUGAAGACGUAUGCUUCAAGCCUGCCGGCCCUGAGGGGGCUUGUGUUGUUCAAUCUCUUGCUGCAUGGUUUGGGAAUGACUUAAGUGGGUACGACGAGAAUACAUGGGAGGAACAUCUACAAGGAUGUGCCUUGUCCCCCGUGGAGUGUCUCCCGGAUUUCCAGCAGCCGCUUGCACCACAGUAUGUGUUGGGUGGUGUUCCAUCGGACGAAAAUGGUCGGAAAAACUACCUCGGUGCAGAAGCCAUGGUGAUUACUUACGUGGUUUCACAUGCGUCUGGUGUGGAAGAAUGGGAAGAGCUUCUUCGCGCCUACCUCGUUGGUUUGUCUGAACGGAUCGGGGAGGAGGCCGGUCUGGAGCUGGGCUUCUCAACGGGAGUGUCACUGGAGGAGGAGAUAAAUAAGAGCACAAACACGGAUGUGAAGAUCGUUGUGCUUUCAUAUGUCGCGAUGUUCGUCUACGUAUCGUUGGCAUUGGGCAGCGGAGUUCGCACAGAAGAAGAAGGGGUGAUUUCAUCACUUGUCAGAUGGGCAAGGAACUUCCCUGGUCUGUUCAAACGAGGCGCAUCUGGCGCAAUAUCGAUUGACUCGCGGACCACGCCACGAUGGUUGCCUAGACUCCCACGGACACUGUUCACUGCAUCCAAGUUCACCCUUGCGCUGUUUAGCAUAUCCCUGGUCAUUCUGUCGGUCUCAUCAUCUGUGGGAUUCUUCUCCGCGAUCGGUGUGAAGGUUACCUUGAUUAUUGCGGAGGUCAUACCGUUCUUGAUCUUGGCUGUUGGAGUGGAUAACGUCUUCAUCCUCGUACACGAGCUGGGUAGACAGAACAUGCUUCAUGGGCCUAAUGCUGGGCUAUUAGAUGGAGGUGUGUUGUCGUCCGCCACCGAUUCUAACUUGUCGCGUGGGGGUCACUUGUCGCCUUUUGAUUCUUCGCAUGACGAAGUGGAUGCUGCGUCGGUUCCUUUGUACUUUUCUGCAGAGGAACGAGUGGCACGGACUUUGGCGAAGAUGGGUCCAUCGAUCUUACUAAGCUCAAUAACGGAGACUGUUGCCUUUUCAUUGGGUGCUAUAGUACCCAUGCCGGCAGUGAGGAAUUUUGCGUUAUAUGCCGCAGGGAGUGUGUUCUUAAAUGCAUUGCUCCAAGUUACGGUGUUUGUCAGUGCUUUGGCGCUGGAUUUGCGGAGAUCUGAGUCUGGUCGUGUUGAUUGCUUCCCGUGCAUCAGAAUUCCGAACCGUAUCGAGCUACUGGAUGUUCCCAGCGACACUGGACUGGGAAAAAUUGCACGGUUCAUAAAGAGACAUUACGCGCCAUUCUUGUUGAAGCCUGCCGUGAAGGGCACUGUCGCUCUCGUGUUCUCCGGCAUAUUUGUGGUUUCUGUUAUUUCAAUGCAGCAUAUACAGCUUGGUCUUGAUCAGCGUCUUGCACUGCCAUCUGAAUCAUAUCUCGUGCCAUACUUCAAUAAGCUCGAUGAAUACCUUGACGUCGGCCCUCCCGUCUACUUCGUUUCGACGGACAUCAAUGUAACCCAGCGAUCCGGGCAGCAGGCGCUUUGUGGUCGUUUUACAACAUGCAACGAGCUUUCCAUCGCCAACAUCCUCGAAGCCGAACGCAAACGGCCUGAAACGUCUUUUAUCUCUGAGCCUAGCGCCUCUUGGAUAGAUGAUUUCCUUGGAUGGCUAGAUCCCGCUAAGGAGUCAUGCUGUCGGGUGCGGAAGCGAAACCCCGAAGUGUUUUGCAAUGCGCGGGACUCGCCUAGAUUGUGCCAACCCUGUUAUGAAGACAAGGAGCCUGCUUGGAAUAUUACGAUGCGGGGGCUUCCGGAGGGCGACGAGUUCAUGAAGUACUUACGCCAGUGGCUUAUAUCGCCCACAAAUGAAGAAUGCCCGCUGGCUGGGAAGGCAUCAUUUGGUACGGCGCUAUCACUGAGUCAACCUGACGAAGAAGGACAAGGAGCCGUAGUGGCGUCACACUUCAGGACGUUCCACAAGCCACUGAAGUCGCAGGCGGAUUUCAUUGAUUCUUUCGAAGCGGCUCACCGUGUUGCUGAUGACAUUUCGGAGAAGACGGGAUCAUACGUCUUCCCAUACUCACUGCAUUACGUCUUUUUCGACCAAUAUGCGCAUAUUAUCGCCAUAACUCAGGAAGUCCUUGGCCUUGGGCUGGGCGCAGUGCUAUUGGUAACCGCGAUCCUUCUGGGUUCAUGGCGGACGGGAAUGAUUGUCACGGGCGUGGUGGGGCUUACUGUGGUUACAGUCAUGGGUGUGAUGGCUGUUUGGGGCGUCAGUUUGAACGCCAUCAGCUUGGUGAACUUGGUCAUUUCGCUAGGCAUUGCGGUGGAGUUCUGUGCGCAUGUAGCAAGAGCGUUUAUGAGUGCAGGUUCAGGUCUUCCGGUAGAUCACCCUGCGGGGCAGAAGGAGCGAGACGAGAGAAUGUGGACGGCCCUAGUUGAUGUCGGGCCUUCGGUUUUAUCUGGGAUUACAUUUACUAAGCUCAUUGGAAUGUGUGUAUUGGCCUUAACACGUUCAAAGCUAUUAGAGAUCUAUUAUUUCCGCAUGUGGCUCACGCUCAUUGUAUCGGGUGCUUUGCAUGGGCUGGUGUUGCUUCCUGUAAUUCUUAGCGUGGCGGGAGGGCCAGGAUUCCCUCUGCAAGAGGCAGACGAGGAGUGGAUGACGAAUGCUAUAAGAAAUGAUUAUGAAUAUGCGCCUUUCUUGGCCGAUGAUGAUUCGGUCGCUAGUGAUUAGAUCUGUUUGUAUUGAAUUGCUAUACGGACAGCUGUGUAUCCUAUAAUGGCAUCUGCAAGUAAUUUAUUGACUGGUGCAUAGGCGAUCUCCCGAAUUACUGGGCAUGCAUUAAAUUAGAUGCAACCAACGCGUUUCAUCUCGGGCGCUUGCUCUUUCAUGGCGGCAUCCCGCAUAUCACCC